AUGGGAUCUUCUGCGCAGCUCAAUCGCCGCCUGAUCGAUGCCACUGGCCGGCUUGCAAUCGGCGGCAGCCUGCUUCCCGCCGUCGCGUUCCUCGCCACCGCUGUCCUCCUCGAGGCCGGAGUCAGCUCCAUCAUGCUCCUGUUCUUGCUGUUCCUGGUCGCCGCCGCGACCCUGUACCUCGGCACGCAGGAGCGGUCGGGCUUCGGGGAGGAGACCUGUGUGCCCCCCUCCCUCAGCUACAUCCCGCCCGACAGGAGCCUUCGCGCGGCGCGCGAGGAGGCAGAGCUCAUCAUCUUCUCGGCCGUGGACGCCCUGUUCGCCAAGGCAGCACCACGCCGCGCGGCAGGGCAGGGGGACGACGUCGACGUGGUGAUCGUCUGCUGCAGCGUGAGCGCACCGGAUCCGGCGCUCUCGGACAUGAUCGUCAACAGGUACGGCAUGCGCAGCGACGUGCGGAGCGUCAAUCUGUCAGGGAUGGGGUGCGGCGCGGGGCUCAUCGCGGUGGAUCUCGCGGCGAGCCUCCUGCGUGCUAUGCCGCGGGGCGCGCGCGCACUGGUCGUUUCGACGGAGAUCCUCUCCUCGAGCUACUACGUGGGCGCCGGUCUCUCCAUGGUGGCUGCCAACUGCUUGUUCCGCAUGAGCGGCGCCGCGAUGCUCAUGUCCACCUCCGCGACGGCCGCGCGGUUCCGGCUCGGUUGCGCCGUGCGUACCUGCUCGGCCACUCAGGACAGCGCAUACCGCAGUGUGUUCCAGGAGGAGGGCGACAAGAGAAACCUCGGGGCGAGGGUCGAAAGAGGGUUCGCUGCCGUCGCCGGUGACAAGAUCAAGGCGAACAUCGUGGCGUUCGAGCCCCGUGUGCUCCCGGCCUCGGAGCUGCUCGUGCUCACGCUCUCCGCCGUGGCUCGAUUGUGA